GUUCGAUCGUAGUAGUCUUCUUUUAAGUUCUUUUGCUUGGGAACAUUGUCCUGCCUGGCUGCAAUCAAUGAGCCAGAAAAAGUGAUUGAUUCGUUUCCUUCUUUUCCAUUCUUUUUUAGUUAGUCUGUUUUCGUUGCCUCCCGAAGUCCCGGCGUUGAAACCAAGCAUUCUAUCGGUGAUUGAACGUUUGCUCCCUGCUCCGUACCGCGUUUGUUCCGUGCGCUUCAUCAUUACGUACGCGGGUCGUUUCGAAAACGCCACUGUCCAUCGCAGGAUAGUGUAUUGUACAUUGAGGAAGGGCUUGAACAUUUCUUCCGUGUGUGUGGCGACCUGUGAAUAGUACAGGCCAACAACUGUAAAGCCGAACCAAAGCAACACUAGCAAUUGCAUAAGCGAGGACAGUGAGGGUUCUUUGUGCAUGGGCUCGUGUGCGCUCGUUGCAGUAAUCCCAGUGGAGAAGAAUAUUAUUGUUGUUCAGAAGAACGGAGUACUGCUGUCAUACGGAGUUGCAGAAAAAUCGGGAACGGUGCGAGUGCGCGAAAGAAAGUAAUAGGCAAAGAAAAGAAAGAACAGAAGAAAAAAAAAAAUCCGUCGGCAAGACGAAAACAAUAGUGCGCGACCAAAAGAGACGGAAGACUGACAGGAGCAGCUGUGCGAGAAGAGCGCCUCACGAUACGGUUGUGGCGUGCAGUUGACGUGCGCGCUUGUGCUAGAACGGGCGAGAGCAAUAAUACGGUAGCCGUGUAGGCAACGCAAAAGGGGUGCGUGUGCAGCGCCGCGGUGUUUUGGAGUAGCAAGUGAGAAGAUUCCGGAAGAGGCGGGCGUUACAGCAAAAAAAGCAAUGAACAUAAAACCCGAUACGAACCGACACGUACUGACGAUACAGGCGAAGAAGAAACGUCAUAAGACGGCGAAAAAGAAGGCGAAACAGCAGGCGACGGCAGCAGUGGCGGCGGCGGCGGCGGCGCAAGCAGCGGCGCAGAACAGCAAUAGUUACAGGAGCGGCCAGAAUCACCAGUCGCCUGCAACGGCGGCAUCCAUUGGCGGUGGUGCUUUCGUGGGCGGCGGGUCAGAACUCCACGAGGACGACGACGAACAUGACGAUAUGAUCCUGGGCACGACGUCGGGUGGUGGCGCGGUGGUGGUCGGUGGUAGUGUUGGUGUUGGUGUUGCGAUGAACGACAGUCAGCAUUCGGUGUCAGCUGUGGCGGUGGAUACGGUACGCCGUGGUUCAAAGUCAGCAGUGCAUACGGUGGCAGCGCUGGACGCGACCACCAGCUCAUCGAACGAGACGAUCGAGCAGGAUCGGGAUGCCGAUGGGUACACGAGCGAGGAGGAGGAACAAGAGUGCCGCGAAGAUUACUGCCGGGGCGGUUAUCAUCCGGUGAAGCUGGGUGACCUAUUUCUGCAGCGGUACCAUGUGAUCCGGAAGCUUGGCUGGGGUCACUUUUCGACCGUGUGGCUCAGUUGGGACCUCGAGGAAAAACGGUACGUGGCGCUCAAGAUCGUCAAAUCGGCACAGCACUUUAGCGAGACGGCCAAGGACGAAAUACACAUUCUCAAGACGAUCCUGGACGCCGAUCCGACCGAUACAAAGCGUAACAAGGUGGUACAGCUGCUGAACGACUUCCGGAUAACGGGCGUGAACGGUACGCACAUAUGCAUGGUGUUCGAGGUGCUCGGGCAUAAUCUACUGAAGCUCAUCAUGAAGUCAAACUAUCGCGGCAUCCCGCUGGCGAACGUGAAGUCCAUCAUCCGGCAGGUGCUCGAGGGGUUGGACUAUCUGCACACGAAAUGCAAGAUCAUCCACACGGACAUCAAGCCGGAGAAUGUGUUGGUGUGUGUAAACGAAAGUUACGUGCGUAAAUUGGCCUGCGAGGCUACGGAGAUGCACGCAAUGGGUUGCAAGCUACCAAUUUCGCUCAUCUCUGCCGCGCCACCACAGUUCCAGGAGCAACCGAUGAGCCAGAACAUGAGCAAAGCGAAGAAAAAGAAGAUGAAGCGCAAGGCGAAAAUGCAGUCGGAGCUAAUUCGGCUGCAAAUGGAGCACAUUCAGCAGCUGGAGUUCGGCAAUACGGUCGGAAUGUCGUCCUCCACGUUGGGGCUGCUGGAAAACGGAACCGAUGGGACCGAGUCGGGUAAGGCCGCAACGACCGUUGGUGGAAAUGUGGACGAUGUUGGUGGUAGCGCGGGAAUGAAGGGUGGUCGCAACGUAACGACACUUUGCAAUACCUCUACAACUGCCACUAGCACCACAACGACGACCGCCGGCACAACCCUCAACUCUCCGCUGGAAAGGAAAGAGGCGACCGAAACGAGACGGCUGUUAGUGAACGGAACAGCCGGUGGUGGUAGUAAGGAGAGUGCCGGUGACGCCGGUACACCAUCGUCCGGGGAAGAAGAUCGGCCAACCCUGACGCCGUGUGCGUCAACGCUUUCCAGUCCAUCGAGUAGCGAGGCAACGUCUUCGAACAAUAAUGACGAUAUCUCCAGCGACCGGAAAUCACCCGCCAGAAGCGGCGGCCCCGACACGGAGAAAGAAAUAGACGGUGACAGGGAGCACGAUCCGAAAUCGCCGGACAAGCCUUCCUCCUCCUCGGUGCAUUCGGGUACGUCAGCGUCCAAGCUCGACAUCAGUGAAUCGGUGCGCAAAAUACUCUCGUCGGUGCAGGAAAGCAAAGAUCCGGCGUUUGAAGUGUGUGACAUUGAUGUGAAGAUUGCGGAUCUCGGCAAUGCGUGCUGGGUCGAUAAGCAUUUCACCGACGACAUCCAGACGCGCCAGUACCGUUCGCUGGAAGUCAUCAUCGGUGCCGGGUUCGACACGUCGGCAGAUAUCUGGAGUACCGCCUGCAUGGCGUUCGAGCUCGCAACCGGUGACUAUCUGUUCGAACCGUUCUCCGGGAAAGAUUACUGCCGGGACGAUGACCACAUCGCGCACAUUAUCGAGCUGUUAGGACCAAUCCCCAAACGUAUCGCCCUGUCGGGUAAGAACUCGAGCCAUGCCUUCAACUCGAAGGGUUUGCUGAAAAACAUCUCCGGCCUGAAGCCUUGGGGGCUGGUGGAUGUGCUGAUCGAGAAGUACGAGUGGCCGGAGGAAGAUGCGUUCGAGUUUAGUGAUUUCCUCAAACCGAUGCUGGAUUAUGAUCCGCGAACGCGUGCCACAGCCGCCGACUGUCUGCGUCAUUCGUGGCUGAAUCACUGAGCCCCGACCAGCAUGACGGGCUGUGGCAAGCAAGAUGCACCUCAGUAAACACCCGAUCAGUAUCAUGAAGUGGGCAGCGCGUAUGAGUUGAGAACGAGGUGCGUUAUGUGAGGAGUGCAAGAGCUUUUUCUCGUGCGUGUGCGUGUGUGGAUAUUAGUUGCUAACUGUCGGCUAGCUGACAUGAUUUAUAUUGAGUGUAAAAAAUUAAUGGACGGUCAGUGCAGAUGGUGUGAUUGCGGAUGUGAUGUGUGCUUGCGUGUGUGUUGUCAUGGCAACGCUUGACACGCGGUGUGGGAAAUGGUGCAGUGCAGGAUGCAGCUAGACGUGCGUUGUGCAAGCGGUGGGUUUAGUAGUGAAAACAAAGAAAGGAAGUGUGCGUAAUUGCUAAGCAAACAUCAGCCGAGUGAUAGUAUAAAAGCAAAUGCAAACAAGAAUCGAAAGUGUGGAUGAAAUGAGAUGCUCAAAAUACGUUGUGUGGUAGUAAAGUGCGUACUGCCAACAGUGUUUGACUGGAAUGCAAGAAGAGCAUCAUGGUGGGUAACAUACGGAGUGUUGGUCAUAGCAUUAUUGGAAUACUGUUUCCGGUAGAAAAUAGCACAAUGCAACUCAACAACAACAACAACAACAACAACAAAGCAACCCACACACUCGCACCAGACAACUGGGCCGACCGGUGCAUCUCUUACCGGCAAUCACUUUCUUCGUUAUCACGCCAGAAAUUCAGUUAUUCGUCAGUCAGGAACAAUCGAAUGGUUGGUGUUUGUUAAAGCAGCGUGGUGCGGAAUGAUUGCUAACGUCGGUGGUGUUUGCGCAGAAGAAAAUUGCUCCGCAGCGCCUUGUGCACAGCUGCAGUUGCCCAGUUGUAACAGUGUGUGAACGUUUUUAUAGUGGGUAUGCGAUGGUAGCAGAAGCAUGUAACGUACAAGUGGUGGAGACCGAAAUUCUUAAUGCAGUUUGUGUAGGAAUAAUAUCCCAAUAUCCCCGCAUCAAACGAUCAGCUUUACAAAUUAGAACAAUAGAUGGAAAUUAAGGAAAAUCUAAAACAUCAAUGUGCCGUGUGUGCCCUGGUUAACAAACUAGAAGCGGAAUUGGAACGAAUGAAAUGUGAAUAUUAAAAUAACUGUCUCACAUAUUCAAACGAAGCAAGACAAACGACCGGAAUGGGAACCUCUAGUAUCAUCACAAUCAGCAAUAGAAUUUCGGAGCAGCACAGAAAGCGAUGGAAGCAAAGACAACGGUGCAAACGCAAAUGGUGUGUGGAAGUGUGGCACCACCGCACUGAUCAAAAGCAAAUUCGAUGCAGCAGUAGGGCAGGCAACAAACUUUCGUUACUAGCAAUUGAACGCUACAUAAUUAAACAAACAGAACCAGGUAGCAACAUUUUUAAGGGAAUUAUAGAAAAUAGAUAAUAUGGAUGCUAAGAGAGGCGAAGUUACGAAGAAGAGCAGGUGUAGUAGUAUCUUAUACAUAAAUAUUAUUAUUAUAAAUAUUAUGUUACGCGUAUAUUAAACAUCCCUUAAAUACACCAGCACACUAAUAUGCGAAACCUGUAGCCGACGGUUUAGCUGGAACGAAGAAAAAAACCAAAAUUUUCGCGGCCCUUUUUCGACAUGUUCGUUCGGUGCCGUACCGUUUUCAUUUCAUUACGUAUAACCAACAGUAACCUCCCUGUCCCGAAAACUGCAGUUACUAUAUAGAGUGCACACAUAGCAGCAAAAGAAUUACGGGAGCAAAACCAUCGGCAUUUUUUACCGUUUACACACGCAGAAGAAGUUCAACUGACGUAGUCCGUCCUGCCUGGAGGAAAUACGAAAGACGAAAGCACGCAAUUAAACAGGAAGCCCCAUGUAAAGCUGCUGACUACUCUGCAGGACUUUCGCAUUGAUCUCACGCGAUUGGAAUGAUCGUACUAGAAAAGAAGGUCUUGCGAUGACGAUCAGCUGUAUGACAGGAAAUGUUUGUUUCUUUUCUUCCAACUUCUUACCUCACCGAAUGGUGUUCCUGGUGUGUCGAUCUGCGGAUUGUUGCGUUAUACAGAUGCAUGGGAUACGAGUGCAUGGUGCAGUACACUUAACUGCUGGUUUACAUGAUGUGCAUUCUUGAAGAUUUGUCAAUAUUUCCGUCAAAAGUGGACCGAUCGUGCAGUCGAUCGGUUCAAUCACCAACGCACCGUUUUGGGACGUGUGAACGUGAGUGUGAACAGAAACGAGAAAGGAGCAUAUUUUUUAAUGAAAUCACGUAGGUUGAAAUAAUAAUAAUAAUAAUAAUAAUAAUGAUAAUAAUAAUAAUAAUAACUGCAGCUCUCAGUGGUUUGCCCAGUGUUAUCACACGUCAGAACCAGUUUCAAAUCCAAAAAAAGGUCCCCUGUAGCAAGGACUGACUCUCUGGCAUCGUGUGGUAAAAUUAAGUCUAGUAAGCCAGCUAUGGUAGCCUUGAGCUAGUAGGUCGUUACGCCAAAAGGAAGGAAUCAUUACACCUGAUUCCUGUUGUUUCGUUGCAAAAAGAGUGGGAAAUCCAAAUAAAUAUUGUUUCACUGGCUGUGAUUUAUGGGUCGGUGAGUUCAAACCCUUUUUGAUAGAAAUGUAUAUCAAACGGAGCCGUAGUUUUACGGAAAACAUCGAUGAUCUUUAAGAUUGUGCAUCGUAUAAACCAACAGUACGAACUUUUUUGGCUUUAGUGGCAACACAUAUGUGACGUUAGGUGACAGUAGAGACUAUUUUUCUCUUCACGAUAAUCAAUCUUUCCGCACAUUCUACAUAAUCAUAAUCUUCCAAAUCAGACAUCGGACAAAGAACUGCUUAGGACAAAGAAAAAUCUGCUUGCAUCCGGUCAUAUCGCUUGCACACUCACUCGAUGAGCGUAAAAAGUGAUUUGUUUUGUGUGUAUAUUUCAUUUAUUUGAGUUAUGUUGAGGCGACUUGUGAGCUUCUCAACUUUGAGCGUUGAAGACAGGAAUUCAAAAUUAAUAUUAAGCCCAAGUAACAUUGAUGAUUGCUGGAAUAGAACAGCAUUCAACAGGCUGGUAGCUCUAGAAAUAUAGAUAGAGUAAAUAUUGUCAUUUGGGUCUUUU